CCGAAACUGACACAAAGUAGCGGGCCGGGGCCCGGGUGGGGAGAAGCCGGGCCGCCGCUGGGGGGCGGGAGCCUGCGGGCAGCGGAGCCGAGCGCCCCCGCCCCAGCCCCCGGCAUGGGCUGGACGGGGCCGCCGGGCGGAGCGCAGAGCGCCGCGCGCUGAGGGUCUCCCAUGGGAUUGCUGGAACCUUGCUGGGUGAGAUGGCACUGUGUGCAAAAAAGCGCCCCCCAGAAGAAGAGCGGAGGGCGCGGGCUAAUGACCGAGAAUACAAUGAGAAGUUCCAGUACGCGAGUAACUGCAUCAAGACCUCCAAGUACAACAUCCUCACCUUCCUGCCUGUCAACCUCUUUGAGCAGUUCCAGGAGGUUGCCAACACCUACUUCCUGUUCCUUCUCAUUUUGCAGUUGAUCCCCCAGAUCUCCUCCCUGUCCUGGUUCACCACCAUUGUGCCUUUGGUUCUCGUCCUCACCAUCACGGCUGUUAAAGACGCCACUGAUGACUAUUUCCGCCACAAGAGUGAUAACCAGGUGAAUAACCGGCAUUCUCAGGUGCUGAUCAAUGGCGUCCUCCAGCGGGAGCAAUGGAUGAAUGUCUGUGUUGGUGACAUUAUCAAGCUAGAGAAUAACCAGUUCGUGGCGGCGGACCUCCUCCUCCUUUCCAGCAGCGAGCCCCAUGGGCUGUGCUACAUAGAGACGGCAGAACUGGACGGAGAGACCAACAUGAAAGUGCGCCAGGCAAUUCCAAUCACUUCAGAGCUGGGGGACAUCAGUAAGCUGGCCAAGUUUGAUGGUGAAGUAAUCUGUGAACCUCCCAACAACAAGCUGGACAAAUUCAGUGGGACAUUGUACUGGAAGGAAAAUAAGUUCCCCCUGAGCAACCAGAAUAUGCUGCUGCGCGGCUGUGUGCUGAGAAACACCGAGUGGUGCUUCGGGCUGGUCAUCUUUGCAGGCCCUGACACCAAGCUGAUGCAGAACAGUGGCAGGACAAAGUUCAAGAGAACGAGUAUCGACCGCCUGAUGAACACGCUGGUCCUCUGGAUUUUUGGGUUCCUGGUCUGCAUGGGAGUGAUCCUGGCCAUCGGCAAUGCCAUCUGGGAGCACGAAGUUGGGACACGUUUCCAGGUCUACCUGCCCUGGGAUGAGGCGGUGGACAGUGCCUUCUUCUCUGGCUUCCUCUCCUUCUGGUCCUACAUCAUCAUCCUCAACACCGUUGUGCCCAUCUCACUCUAUGUCAGUGUGGAAGUCAUUCGUUUGGGCCACAGCUACUUCAUCAACUGGGACAAGAAGAUGUUCUGCAUGAAGAAGCGGACGCCUGCAGAGGCCCGUACCACCACUCUGAAUGAAGAGCUGGGCCAGGUGGAGUACAUCUUCUCUGAUAAGACGGGCACCCUCACCCAGAACAUCAUGGUGUUCAACAAGUGCUCCAUCAAUGGCCACAGCUAUGGUGACGUGUUUGAUGUCUUGGGACACAAAGCUGAACUGGGAGAGAGACCAGCGCCUGUUGACUUCUCCUUUAAUCCUCUGGCUGACAAGACAUUCUUGUUUUGGGACCCAAGCCUCUUGGAGGCUGUCAAAAUGGGGGACCCCCACACACAUGAGUUCUUCCGUCUCCUUUCCCUGUGUCACACCGUCAUGUCAGAAGAAAAGGACGAAGGAGAGCUGUACUACAAAGCUCAGUCCCCGGAUGAGGGGGCUCUGGUCACCGCAGCCAGGAACUUUGGUUUUGUGUUCCGUUCCCGUACCCCUAAAACAAUCACUGUCCAUGAGCUUGGUACAGCCAUCACCUACCAACUUCUGGCCAUACUGGACUUCAACAACAUUCGCAAGCGGAUGUCAGUCAUAGUGCGAAAUCCAGAGGGUAAGAUUCGACUCUACUGCAAAGGGGCUGACACAAUCCUGCUAGACAGACUCCACCCCUGCUCGCAGGAGCUGCUCAGCAGCACCACUGACCACCUGAAUGAAUAUGCAGGGGACGGACUGAGGACGCUGCUGCUGGCCUACAAAGACCUGGAUGAAGAAUACUAUGAGGGGUGGGCCAGGAGACGCCUCCAGGCCACCCUGGCCCAUGACAGCCGAGAGGACAGGCUGGCCAGCGUCUAUGAAGAGGUUGAGAGUGACCUGAUGCUGCUGGGUGCCACGGCCAUUGAAGACAAGCUUCAGCAGGGAGUUCCAGAGACGAUUGCCCUCCUGACUCUGGCCAACAUUAAGAUUUGGGUGCUCACUGGAGAUAAGCAAGAGACAGCUGUGAACAUUGGCUACUCAUGUAAGAUGCUGACUGAUGACAUGACAGAGGUGUUCAUAGUCACGGGCCACACUGUUCUGGAGGUGCGAGAGGAACUCAGGAAAGCCCGGGAGAAGAUGGUGGACUCAUCCCACACUGUGGGCAAUGGCUUCACCUACCAGGGGAAACUCUCUUCUUCAAAGCUCACUUCUGUCCUGGAGGCUGUUGCUGGGGAGUAUGCCCUGGUCAUCAAUGGGCACAGCCUGGCCCACGCCUUGGAGGCUGACAUGGAGCUAGAAUUUCUGGAAACAGCAUGUGCCUGCAAAGCGGUCAUCUGCUGCCGGGUGACACCCUUGCAGAAGGCACAGGUGGUGGAGCUGGUUAAGAAGUACAAGAAGGCUGUGACACUUGCCAUUGGGGACGGGGCCAAUGAUGUCAGCAUGAUUAAAACUGCUCACAUUGGUGUGGGCAUCAGCGGGCAGGAAGGGAUCCAGGCCGUCCUGGCUUCAGAUUAUUCAUUUUCCCAGUUCAAGUUCCUGCAGCGCCUCCUGCUGGUGCAUGGCUGGUCCUACUUGCGCAUGUGCAAAUUCCUCUGCUAUUUCUUCUACAAGAAUUUUGCAUUCACCAUGGUCCACUUCUGGUUUGGCUUCUUCUGUGGCUUCUCAGCUCAGACUGUGUAUGACCAGUAUUUCAUCACCCUGUACAACAUUGUGUACACGUCACUCCCAGUGCUGGCCAUGGGGGUCUUUGACCAGGAUGUCCCUGAGCAGCGAAGCAUGGAGUACCCGAAGCUGUACGAGCCAGGCCAGUUGAAUCUCCUGUUCAACAAGCGAGAGUUCUUCAUCUGCAUCGCCCAGGGCAUCUACACCUCUGUGCUCAUGUUCUUCAUCCCCUACGGGGUGUUUGCGGAGGCCACACGGGACGAUGGCACCCAGCUGGCAGACUACCAGUCUUUUGCGGUCACUGUGGCCACAUCACUGGUCAUUGUGGUCAGUGUGCAGAUCGGGCUGGACACGGGCUACUGGACAGCCAUCAACCACUUCUUCAUCUGGGGCAGCCUCGCUGUUUACUUUGCCAUCCUCUUCGCCAUGCACAGCGAUGGGCUCUUUGACAUGUUUCCGAACCAGUUCCGGUUCGUGGGGAAUGCCCAGAACACCCUGGCCCAGCCCACCGUGUGGCUCACCAUCGUGCUCACCACGGCUGUCUGCAUCAUGCCUGUGGUUGCCUUCCGUUUCCUCAGGCUUAGCCUGAAGCCUGAUCUCUCCGACACGGUCCGCUACACACAGCUGGUAAGGAAGAAACAGAAGGCUCAGCACCGCUGCAUGCGGCGAGUGGGCCGCACGGGCUCCCGGCGCUCCGGCUAUGCCUUCUCACACCAGGAAGGUUUUGGGGAGCUCAUUAUGUCUGGCAAGAACAUGCGGCUCAGCUCGCUGGCCCUCUCCAGCUUUAGCACACGCUCCAGCUCCAGCUGGAUCGAGAGCCUGCGCAGGAAGAAGAGUGAUGGUGCCAACAGCCCCAGUGCAGGGGCUGAGAAGCCCCUCAAGGGCUAAAGACCUGGACUGGGACCCCUUGUGCCCGGAACCAGAGCUCGCGGGCCAGCGUCGGGGAAACUGCUGGUCCUCCCUCCCAGCAGCCUGCCUCCUCUGCCUGGUGGACUGCCCUGCAGAUCUCAGCAGUUUAUGGAAGGAGAGGGAGUGGGCCCCAGGGGCAGACCAGGACUUUGGGCCUUGGACAGGGGCCACAAUGAGGGACCAGCCGUGGAACCAAAAACCAUGAAAACUGAGAUUGGGUCUACCCCUGUCCUGCUUGGAGUCCACAGGGAGACUAUAAUCUCCAUAUUUUUUUACUCCUACUCCCCAGAGGGGCCCUAGUGCCCUGUUCCUGAAUUACACAAGAAUGUAUCAUGCCGGGAAGCCAGAGACCUGCUGGGGCCUCCAAGCCCCUCACAUCAUCGUGUGUCCUCUUGGUUUGUGUUUGUGUUGUUUGACUUUGUCUUUUUUAUUUGGUAAGUGGAGGAGGCCUUCAUGUGACUUUAUGUUAUGGUUAGUGUCUCAACUCUUCUGGGAAGAGGAGACGGGCGCACACUGGGAUUCCCUACCUGGUGGAGUGGCUUGGGAGGGGCUGCAUCUCAUGGGUCACCUUUAGGGUACUGUUGUCCUUAUGGGUACAGGAGCUACCAGGUAGGGAAGAACUGUCAGGCAGGGGGUGUUGGGAGAAUGGAAGGAAGAGUUGUCCUGGCUCCUGCCUCCCCAGGGCACUUGUGAGUUCUUGGAUUACCUAAACCCUGUUGGGGGGGGGGGAAGUGUCCUCAGAGUCCAGGUCGAGUCCCCAGUUCCUUAGCCACUUCCCACUUCCCUCCCUCCUUCCUUUGCUCUCUUCUCCUCUCCUCUCUGGUGCUGUUUCUUCCUACCCUGAGGUAGGACUGAGAAGGAAGCUGGCCUCUGCUGCUUUGUCCCAGGAACCUAGGACCCUGCCCUUCUUGAGCAGUUGCUACCUUGUCUGUUCCCAGAAGAGCCCUUAUUUGCUAGCAGCAGAGUAAGGGGGAGGAAUGGUGUGGAGCUGGGCAUACAGGAAUCUAAAUGUUCCCUGUAGGAGCCCAAAGGAGCUAGAGGGAGGUUGUGGUGGGGAGAAGAAAGGGGAAGGCUUGACAGGGAAAUCCCUUUUGGCCACACAGUUUACAAGCCCAGUAUCAUGUCUGUUUGUGUGUCUCUUAAGGGGAAAGUCUGAUUUUUAUACCAAAGAGGAAAUGAAUUUUUUUUGUAUUUUGUUUGUCUAUAUUAUAUAAAUACAUAUAUAUAUAUAGAUAGCUAUAUAUAUUAUUAUUUUUGGUUCUCUCUCGUUUUUUCAGGGAGGGAGGAAAGUACCAUGUUGCAUUGAGUGCAUUGAGCUGUAAUUAAGGAACAUUCUGUAUAAUUUAUGACAUUUCUAUAAUUGCAAAAAUUAUAUCAUUUUAUGGAUAUAAAAGAAAAAUGCCUUUUUAUAAAAGUCCAAU